AUGGCUGACUUCCUUCUGUUCGAGGGCCCUAUGGGUUACUCGCUUUUCAAGGUCGCCUUCCAAGGUGACAGCGUUGGCAAUCGCCUGAAGGAAGUUCAGGAAGGUGUCAAUGAUUUGGCCAAGUUCGGAAAGAUGGUUGACCUGGCUAGUUUUAUGCCUUUCGAAAACAACAAGCAGGCCCUUAGUGAAAUCAACGAUGUUUCGGAAGGUGUUGCCUCUGAGACUCUUGUUUCUUUCCUCGAGUUGAAUCUUCCGAAGCCGAACAAGAACAAGAAGGUUGUUGUGGGUCUUGCUGACAAGGCUCUUGCUGGAAGUAUCAAGUCGGCAUUUUCUUUCGUUGAAUGUGAGACUGGCGACACCAGCGAGGUUGUUCAGGACAUGCUCCGUGGACUCAGAUUGCAUGCCACCAAGCUGCUGAAGCAGCUUCGCGAGGGUGACAUGGACACUGCCCAGCUUGGUCUUGGUCACGCCUAUUCGCGCGCUAAGGUCAAGUUCUCCGUCCAGCGUGAUGACAACCACAUUAUUCAGGCUAUUGCUAUCCUCGACCAAUUGGACAAGGCUGUCAACACAUUCUCGAUGCGUGUCCGUGAAUGGUAUUCGUGGCACUUCCCUGAACUCGUCAAGAUCGUGUCGGACAACCAGCGCUACGCCCAGCUCGCUUUGUUCGUGAAGGACAAGAAGAACUUGACCGAUGAGCACCUGCACGACAUCGCUGCUCUCGUGGAGGAUGAUGAGGGUGUCGCUCAGAGCAUGAUUGACGCCGCCAAGCACAGUAUGGGUCAAGAAAUCUCCGAGUCCGACAUGGAGAACGUAAUUGCUUUCGCCCACCGAGUCGUCAGCCUUUCUCAGUACCGCAAGUCUCUGCACACUUACCUUACCUCCAAGAUGAGCGUCGUCGCACCUAACCUUGCGGCGCUGAUUGGAGAAAUUGUCGGUGCUCGUCUUAUCUCGCACGCUGGUAGCUUGACCAACCUCUCCAAGUACCCUGCGUCGACCGUCCAGAUUCUUGGUGCUGAGAAGGCUCUCUUCAGAGCUUUGAAGACUAAGGGCAACACUCCUAAGUACGGUCUUCUGUACCACUCCUCGUUCAUUGGCAAGGCUGGCCCUAAGAACAAGGGUCGUAUCUCGCGAUUCCUCGCCAACAAGUGCUCCAUCGCCUCGAGAAUCGAUAACUUCUCCGAACAGCCAUCCACCAAGUUUGGUGAAGUCCUCAAGAAGCAGGUUGAGGAGCGCUUGGACUUCUACGCUACCGGUGCUGCACCUACUAAGAAUGAAGUCGCCAUGAAAAACGCCAUGGAUUCCGUUCUUGCGGACAUGGAGGACAUCGACGGUGAUGAGGACAUGGAGGACAUUGCCGACGAGACUCCUAAGAAGGAAGAGAAGAAAGAAAAGAAGGAGAAGAAGGAGAAGAAGGACAAGAAGGAGAAGAAGGAAAAGAAGGGUGAGAAGGAAGAGAAGAAGAAGAAGAGGAAGUCGGACACUGGCGAGGGCGAAUCGGAAAAGAAGAAGCGGAAGCACGACAGCGAAGCCGAGCCCUCCAAGAAGAAGAAGAAAGUCUAA